UUUAUUUUAUUUUUUUACAUCGAACGCAGCCUUAGUACCUAACGAACUAUUGCCACCGCAUCCACAUGAAUGCAGAAUAUGGGAGUUGGAUGAGUAGAAUACUUUCUCGCAGAUCCAUCUCUCCCUUGUCACUCAGCUUCUGUUCAAGUAGAAGUUAUAUAUCGAAGCGUACGUGUAGAGUGAUGGGUGAUGACAAUUUACGUUUAGUUGGCAAAAGAAGGCAUGCUAAUGCUCGAUUGUGCGAUGUGUCUGGAUAUAAGACGGAUUUAUUAGAGAUUUGUUCCGACAAUCCAAGAUUACAUGUUCUGUUCAUCCCUGGAAAUCCAGGUGUCAUUUCUUUCUACACGGAUUUUUUGGAGUCACUAUAUGAGAUGCUUGGAGGAACUGCAUCUGUAACAGCAGCUGUUGGUCACAUUUCGCACACAGAAAAGAAUUGGGAGCGUGGAAGGUUGUUCUCAUUACAAGAACAAAUUGACCAUAAGAUGGACUUCAUCCAAUGUGAACUACAAAAUAUUGAAGUCCCUAUAUUACUGGUUGGGCACUCUAUUGGUUCAUAUAUAUCAAUUGAAAUGUAUAGAAGAUGUCCUGAAAAGGUGAUGUAUUGCAUCGCGCUAUAUCCCUUUUUAGCAGUGAACACAGAAUCUUCACAUCAGUCUACUAUAAGGAGGAUUACCGCGUCCCCAAUUCUAUGCAAUGCACUUAGUUUCAUUGUGGCGUCUUUGGGUUUAUUACCAACCCAGACUUCCAGGUUUCUUGCGAAAAUUUUUAUUGGAAGAACUUGUUCUGCUACAGCAGUUGAGGCUCUCUGCACUCAUGUGCUCCAGUACCAUACGAUGCGCAAUGUGCUCUUUAUGGCAAUGACAGAGUUCAAAAAGCUUUCAGAAACACCAGAUUGGGCUUUUAUGAGAGGAAAGCAAAGUCAGCUUGCAUUUUUAUUCGGAGUUGAUGAUCACUGGGGUCCAUUGCAAAUGUUUGAAGAGAUUUCCAAGCAUGUCCCAGAUGCUACUAUAGCUAUUGAAAGGGAGGGCCACACUCAUGCUUUCUGUUGCACUGAGGCUGGUUCAUUAUGGGUUGCUGAGCAUGUAGCAGGCUUGAUCAAGAACCAAAUAUCAAGUUCAAGCCAGUGAGACUACACUUAGGGCACAAAGAUCAUGCUCAGAGAUCACAAGGGUCAUGGAUCAGAUUUGUCAAAGUCGUCGAAUUUUAAAUGUGGUUGAUCUUCUUGAAGCAUGGAUAGAGUUUGAGACAGACCCAAGCUUCGCCAAAGCUUAGCUAGGUGUGUUCAUGUAUAUACUUGGUGAAUCUUAAGCCAAGGCUAUUCGCAUUAGAUUGUCUUGUUCAUUAGCCUAAUUUAACAGUUGGGUUAAAGUCUGUUGUUACACAAUAAAGAUGAGCAAGCCUAUUUUUCAAAAUAGUAUUGUAAUUAUUUUAAUUAUAUUGGCGGUUCUUAAUGGUAAUACUUAGGUCCUUCUCAA